ACGUGCGUCGGGCGUUCGCUACAUUAGACGAUCGAGAGAAUCGUAACGCGUGGGUAGACAGGGGCGAGUGCAGUGUGCAGUGCGUGCGGGUCUGUGUCUGAAAGCUCGCGCCGAAGCCUCCGAGCGGGGACCGCCGAGCGCCCGCCAGCGCCGCGUCAGUGCCGGCCCGGCCGCGCCGCAAGCAUCACGCUCCGGUGAUCGAACUCUUGCCACUGGACAGUGAACAAUAACAACAUCCCUCCUCCGCCGGCUCACCACGGGUGCACUACAGUAUUUCACUAAACUGAUAGAGACGGGCGGCAGAUGGAUCAGCGGCGCGCGGCGGGCGCGCUGCUCGCGCUAGCCGUGUGCAUCGCGAGCACGGCUGCUGCUCCUACGGCUAGCAACCAGACUGCAUUAGAUUUAUACGAUGGUCCAGUUGAGGGAUGUUACUACAAUUUCCAGCACUAUGGCGAGGGAGACCGCAUUAUGACCAACGAGCCCUGCCUGAACUGUACUUGCCACAACCGCAUGUUGAUGUGCUACCUGCGGGUAUGCCCGUUCACGAAGCCCAUCGGCCAGGACUGCACUGUUGAGAAGCGGGCAGACCAGUGCUGCCCUAUCGUCACUUGCCCAGAUGUUCCAGUUGAUCUACUAACAUCAACGUCAACAACAUCGCCUGCCGAGUAUGGCGCCACUGGUCUUGGAAAAUUAGACAAAUACGGGUGCAGCAUCAACGGAAAAUACUUCCCCGAGGGCUCGAAAGUACCGCCGACUCCGAACAAACCAUGCGAACACUGCUACUGCAUUCGAAAUAUGACGACCUGUGUUAUGCAAGAGUGUACUCUUCAUGUGGAUGGAUGUACUCCUAUCUACCACAAAGACGUCUGCUGUCCUGUCCGCUACUCUUGUGAUCACCCAGAGGAUUCAACGCUGCUUUUGGAUGACAUGACCACGACUGUACGACCCACACCUGGUUUCCUAUUGACUACCACCACUUUGUCACCAGUGACGCAAAUGUCCCAGGAUUGCGUUCACGAUGAUCAAAUCUUCCCUGAUGGUGCUUUAAUCAAAACUGAAAAGGCAUGUGAACAUUGUUAUUGUAUGAAGGGAGACAUUGUUUGUGUGGUGCAAGAAUGUGGAACGCCCAUGGAAAAUGAAGGCAAAAACUGCGCCUCACAACCACCAAGAGAAGGACAAUGUUGUCCAGAUACUUAUAUUUGUGAAGGAGACGAAGUCACCACAGAGCCACCUUCUGAAUUCACAACUCAAUCAUAUUUGGAAGAACUCACCACCUUAUCUCCUCCCAGAAGAGUUGGAGUUGAAGGCAGUGGCUACAGACAUGAACCUGGUGAACCUGCUUUCACUGAACCUCCUAUGAUAACAGAACCUGAAGGAAGUGGUUAUGAAGAACCAACGGAGUCAUCUAUCACUGAUGAUACUUACAAAUUAACGCCAGAAACGCCUGACAUCAGUAGUGAACCUACAGACGAAUCUUCUUAUCCCAGCAAGACCACACUUAGAACACCUACAUUAGAAGAAGUUGAAAAGACUACAGAACCCGAUAAGGGUCUCAACACUGUUCCAAGUGACGCAAGUGAUGAAGAAAUGUUUAAACCUUCGAUUACGGAAAAAACUCCAUCGGAAGAACCAGAGGUUACCGAAACAACAAGUGAUGAAAAAACGGAUGAAAGUAAAGAAAAAACACCCUCGCCCGAAGACGCCUCUACGCCAGUGGUGACAAUUAAGUCUGAAGAAAGUUCAAGCACCACAGAAUCAGCUUUCAGGAAGGAGGAUUCUUUGGGAGAACCUACCAAAAUCUAUGAUCUAACUGAACCUGAAAAAGUGUCUACGCAGACACCAGAGGUCGAGAAGGAAACUGAAGAAGAUGUUACAAGCUCGAAAACUAAAGCACCAUUUAUGGAAGAACUUGAAAAACAAACAACAUUGACACCAGAAUUUACACAGAAGGACAUUGAAGAAGAAAUUCCACCACAGAAAUCUACUACCGAAUCAGCUUUAGAAAUAACAACGUCUGAAGAUAGCAAGUCAACUGAAAAAAUAACUACAGACUCUGUUGAGCUUGCUCAUACUGGAACGACUGCAGCAACUGUAGAAAAAGUAGACGAGUCUGAAACUACAAGUGCGGAAGAAAAUGAAGUUGAAGAUAUUUCAACAACUCUUCCGCCUGGCCGUAUUCCAGGAGAAGGCGAUUGCUUACUCAAUGAUAUAACUUAUAGAAAUAAUAGCAAUGUACCAAGUUCAAAUAACUGCCAUACAGGCUGCAGAUGUGUUAGUAGUAUAAUAAAAUGUGAUCCAAUUAUUUGCAGUCCCCCUCCAGAGUAUAUGAAUAAUUGUCAACCUACCUAUGAUUCGCCUGAUGCAUGCUGUCCAACAUACGUUUGCGAAACUGGAGAAACCAUACCUCCUCAACCACACAGUCAAAUGGCUGGAACAGAUAGCCCACUGCCAUCUUCACCGAUCGAGUGCCACGGUGAUGAAUGUGAAGUGAAAAAAGAACAUGACAUUCCUGUUGAGGGUGAUUGUGGAUCAGCUGGAUGUGGUGAUGGACAUGUCGCAGUGCCGGAAACCCCAUCAGAAGAUUGCCAUGAUGGUAAAUGUUCAUUCCCAGCUCAACCAUGUACUGAUGGCAACUGUCAAGAAACGCCGACAACUCAAUGCGAAAAUGGCAAAUGCGGUAUUGAACCCGAAAUUAUACCUGUUAAACAUACACCACUUUGUGGCGAAAAUGAAUCGGAUUGUAAAGUACCCGUACCUGAGACAGUACCGUGUGAAGGUGAGGAAUGUAUUAGUGUUCAUACUGGAUGCAGUGGAACAGAUUGUGGCACAGAUGAUCUCAAUAAACCUAUUAUUCCGGAACAAGAAGGUGGAAGCUGUGAAGGAGAUUGUAAGACACCACAAGGUGAAAUAACUGAACCUUGUACGGAAACAUCGUGCAGAAGAAAAGAAACCGGGGAAGUGGAGGGUUCUGUACCUUCGGACUGUUCAGACUCUGAAUGUCUCCAAAAGGUGCCAUCCAGUGAUGAUGAUAAGAAUAUACCAGUAACAGAAGAUAUGGGUAUUAAAUCUACAGAACAGCUUGAAAUAACUACCGCAAGACAUGAAAUUGAAACAGAAUUACCUGAAAAAGAAACUAAAUCACCUGAAGGUGUGAGUGACCACGAACCAACUGAAAAAAUAGAACCUACAUUAGAAGAAGGUAGCACAAUUAGUCCAUUAUCUCAAGCAACAGACGCACCAGCAUCUCCGGAAGACAAAAUUGGUGGAACCGAACCGGCUCUUGAUGUUGACCAUACUACAGCGCCUACAUUUGAUAAAGAUGAUAAAGUUACGAAAUCACCAGAGAUAGAAGAGGAAAUAUCCACCUCAGAGCCCGAAGUCGCAGCAACUGUUGAAACUAAGUACGGUGACACUGACGCUGUUACGAAGAGACCUGAAGAAGUAGAAAUGGACUCGCAUGUUACCAAAUUGGAAGACGUUACACCUAAAUCUGAUUUGGAAACUGAAACUGGUGAAUCUACUGAAAAACCACAGUAUAUCGAUAUAACCAUUAAGCCACAGGACUCUUCCACAAGUAUUCCUGAAACAGAAGAAACAAAGACAGAAUUAGAAGAACACCAUGAAGUCAUGUCUACUAAAGUACCUGAACAAGAACAAACUGAAAUCUCAAUGCCACAUGAGCAUGACAAGGUUACCGAAGAGCCUGUGCCAUAUACAUCAGAAUCAGAUAUGAAACAUGAGGUUACGGAACCACAUGUUACAGAAUCAAAUGAAAUCUUCGACAAGGCAACUGAAAUUUCGGAACCAGUAGAAUUAGACGAACACAAAAUGACUGCAGAAUACGAGCAAGAAGUAACCACAGAGGGCAAAUUAGCGUCUAGUUCGUUGGAGCCUGAUACCUAUACCUCUCAUACGGUUUCGGAGAAAGAAAUUGAACAAGAACCAUUUACAAACGCGCCUACAGAGCAUCAUCUUGGUGAAAGUGUCACAGAGUCCGUUCCUGAAAAGACGUCAGAGCCAUUUGAAGAUGUAACAAGACUAAUUCCAGAUAUGGUUAAAACAGAAAAACAAGAGCCAUUCACAGAAACUCCUGGAGAAUACAUUACACAAUCACAUGAAUUAAGUCCCGAACCCGCUUUGCCUGGCCAAGAACCUGAGUAUUCUACCGACGAACCGAUGGUACAGCCUAGCGAACCUGUUUCAGAAGAUGAUACCAAGUUACAUGCCACUUCAGAAUCACCAAUAACUGACACUAAAGAAAAGGAUACUACCCAGGCAUCUGAUGAAGAUAUUAAAGGAGAAACCACAACAAGAGCUUCAGUGUUGGGUGAAAAGACGACUGCUUCAGAACCAGAAGAAGUUGACGAUAAGCAUAAAGAACAACCUAUUGAGAGUCCUGAUACUAAUGAGAUAACACAAGACAUAACACAGAAACCAGCUGUCACUAGCUCUGACGAAGAAGAUCAACAUGCGGAAGAACCUAAAGUAACAGAAUUAGAUGAAACUGUUACUGAAACUCCAGUUACAUUAGUAAGCGAACAGCCAUCAAGUAGUCCGGAAGAAACGCAUAAGACAGAGAAACCUGAACUAGGAAUAACUGAACCACAAGAAAUUAGCACGGAAGAACCUUCCAUACUUCCAGGGGAAGAAUCUCAAGUAACAGAUAAAAUACCAUCCGAGCCAUUUAUCCCAGUUCACCCAGAAACACCUGAAUCGUCUACGACACAAUCUGACAUCAUAAAUGAAAUCCCACACGUCGACGUUGAUAUCCAAACACCAUCGCCAUAUGAAGAUGUAGAAAUUGAAACCAAGACCCCCGACCGAACAGGUUUCGAAGAUACAACCGAAGUGGAAGAUCUGGAGACAAAGGCUCCAGAAGCAAUUACAACUAAAACGCCUACGGUAUAUGAGGAACCAGGAAAGACCUCAGCUCCGGAAGAUAUUGUAACAGAACAACAAGAAAAAGAAUCAGUUACUACAGAAAAGACAAAAGAACAACCAUCUGAACACGAACAAGAACAAACCUCUGAAAUGCAGGAGACUACAGUUCCUUCAAUAGUCCAAAAAGAGAGUUCAGAAGAACCAACCGAACCUCUUGUUACGGAAAGUGACGUACCAUAUGUCACCAGAGCUCCAGAAUCACACGUGAAAGAACCAGAGGAAGCAGAACCACAUGUGAAAGUACCUGAAGAACCAGUUACUGAAACUGCUGAAGCAUUAACAACAAUGGGUAUUAGCGAACCACACGAAAAACCGUCACCAGAUCAAACUGGAACAGAAGGGUCCGAAGAAAUGCCUUCAAGAACUCCCGAGCACAAACCCGAUGAAGACCAUCACGUUAAAAAACCUGAAGAGAAGCCUGAAACACCUCAAGAAACUUACACACGAACACCUGAAGAAAUAUCUACAGUGUUAUUAGAAGCUGUUACUGAACCUACACAUGAGGUCAUUCCUGUGGAGCAACAAGAACCAGUCUUUGAGCCAAAGGAUAAGGAAGAAGAAACCAAGGCUACAGAAAAACCAAGUGACGAAAAACCAUCUUAUUCACCUGAAGGUUCUACGGGAUUAGACACAGCGGUAACUGAGCCAUCACAUGAAACUGAAAAAGACCUAGUUUCUGAACAAGAAAAAGCAACAACUGAAGAAUCGUCCAAACAACCUCUAGAAUCAUCUACUAAAGUACCACAAGAUAUAACGUCAUCGUUAUCAGAUUCGGAUCUGCCAGAAAAAUACACUGUUUUGGUAUCACAAGAAACCACACCAAGUUCAUUGCCAGGUUCCGUACCUGGUGAAGCAGAAAGCGAAGAUAAACCUUCAGAAAAACCACAAGAAGCUGAUGAGGCAGUAAUGGAACUGACCACACGUAAAUCACCAGAAACGAUGGUCACGGAGCCUUCGUCAGAACAGGCAACGGAAGGAUAUGAAUCGGAGAUGGCUACGGAAGAACCAAUGCUACAUGGAACGCAAGAACCUGAAUCAGUUGAUCAACAUACUAUUCCUGAUGUAGUUGAAUUGGAAGAACAUAGCCACAAACCAGUUGAAGAAGUCUCUACUGAGGCCACUACUGAGGAAGAUUAUAUUACCGGUCCAUCUGAUGACAAGGAACCAAAACCGGUAGCAACUACAGAAAGACAAGCAGCAGUUACUGAAGCUGAAGAAGAAAAAUUAACAACGUCCCGACCAUCAUUUGACGAAGAAAGUGAACAGACUGUUGCUCCAACUACUAGUGGUACUAAAGACACUAAAGAAGAACAGCAACCGAUAUCCGAUAUUGAAAUUCCAGUACAGACUGAAAAAGUUCCGACUGAAACUGUUACAGAAUCUGAGUUGUCACAUGAAACAGCAAUGCUUGAAGAAGUUAGCACUGUAACAGGUAAAGUACCAAGUAUAGAAGAGGAGGAAAUUUCAACUUCAAAACCAGAAUUAGAAUCUGGCAAACCAGAGGAUAAACCAACUGAUGAAAAACCCGAAGAUGAGCUAGCACCGAAACCACAGGAAGAAACAACUGAACAAUCUGUUGAAAAAUCUACUGAGAAGGCUCAAGAAGAAAUAACUGAGAAACCCGUAGAAGACGUGGAACAGAAGCCAUUAGAAGGAGGGGUAACACCUUCAGAAAAACCUCUAGGCUUACCCGAAGAAGGGCAAGAAGGAAAGCCUUCAGAAGAAGGCGAAGAAAAGCCAACAGAAAUGCCAUUAGAAGAACCUGUAGCAAUGACUGGAAAGCCUGUAGAAGAAGCAGAAGAAACGCCUACAGAGAUACCAGAUAAGAAACUUUUGGAAGAAGCUGAGGGACAACCUUCGGAGGGAACCGAGAAACCUUUGGAUGAAUCUGAAGAAAAGUACACAGAAAAACCAGAAUUCACUGAACCUGAAAAACCCCUACCAACACCACAAAUUCCGGAAGACCAAACUAAAGAGAAGCCUGAAGAAAUUCCAGAAGAAAAACCAACCGAAUUGCCAGAGAAGAAACCUGAGGAUGAAACCGAAAAGAAGCCUGAGGAUGAGACCGAGAUGAAACCUGAGGGUCAACCCGAGAAGAGGCCUGAGGAUGAGGUUGAGAAGAAGCCUGAGGAUGAGGUUGAUAAGAAGCCUGAGGAUGAGGUUGAGAAGAAGCCUGACGAUGAAUCUGAGAAGAAACCUGAGGAAGAGACCGAGAUGAAACCUGAGGACGAGGUUAAGAUGAAACCUGAAGACGCAGAGAAAAAACCUGAGGAUGAGGUCGAAAAGAAACCUGAGGAUGAAGCCGAGAAGAAACCGGAGGAUGAGGCCGAGAAGAAACCUGAGGAAGAGGCCGAGAAGAAACCUGAGGAUGAAGCAGAGAAGAAACCUGAGGAUGAGGCAGAGAAGAAACCUGAGGAUGAGGCAGAGAAGAAACCUGAGGAUGAGGCAGAGAAGAAACCUGAGGAUGAGGCAGAGAAGAAACCUGAGGAUGAGGCAGAGAAGAAACCUGAGGAUGAGGCAGAGAUGAAACCUGAGGAAGAGGCAGAGAAGAAACCUGAGGAUGAGGCAGAGAAGAAACCUGAGGAUGAGGCUGAGAUGAAACCUGAGGAUGAGGUUGAGAAGAAACCUGAGGAUGAAUCUAAGAAGAAACCUGAGGAAGAGGCCGAGAAGAAGCCUGAGGAAGAGGCAGAGAAGAAACCUGAGGAUGAGGCUGCAAUGAAACCUGAAGGCGAACCUGAGAAGAAACCUGAGGAUGAGGCUGAGAAAAAACCUGAGGAAGAAGCCGAGAAGAAACCUGACGAAGAGGCAGAAAAGAAACCUGAAGAUGAAGCUGAGAUGAAACCUGAGGACGAGGUCGAAAAGAAACCUGAGGAUGAUAUCGAAAAGAAACCUGAGGAUGAAAUCGAAAAGAAACCUGAGGAUGAAAUCGAAAAGAAACCUGAGGACGAGAUCAAAAAGAAACCUGAGGAUGAGGCUGAGAUGAAACCUGAGGACGAGGUUGAGAAAAAACCUGAGGAUGAGGCGGAAAAGAAACCUGAGGAUGAGACCGAGAAAAAACCUGAGGAUGAAGUCGAAAAGAAACCUGAGGAUGAAGUCGAAAAGAAACCUGAGGAUGAGGCGGAAAAGAAACCUGAGGAUGAGGCGGAAAAGAAACCUGAGGAUGAGGCGGAAAAGAAACCUGAGGAUGAGGCCGAAAAGAAACCUGAGGAUGAGGCCAAGAAAAAACCUGAGGAUGAGGUCGAAAAGAAACCUGAGGAUGAAAUCGAAAAGAAACCUGAGGAUGAAGUCGAAAAGAAACCUGAGGAUGAAAUGGAAAAGAAACCUGAGGAUGAAGUCGAAAAGAAACCUGAGGAUGAGGUCGAAAAGAAACCUAAGGAGGAGGCUGAGAAGAAACCUGAGGAUGAGGCUGAGAUGAAACCUGAAGGUGAACCCGAGAAGAAACCUGAGGAUGAGGUUGAGAAGAAACCUGAGGAUGAUACCGAGAAGAAACCUGAGGAUGAUACCGAGAAGAAACCUGAGGGCGAACCUGAGAAGAAACCUGAGGAUGAAGCUGAGAUGAAACCUGAGGAUGAAGUUGAGAAGAAACCUGAGGAUGAAUCUGAGAAGAAACCUGAGGAAGAGGCCGAGAAGAAGCCUGAGGAAGAGGCAGAGAAGAAACCUGAGGAUGAGGCUGCAAUGAAACCUGAGGGCGAAGCUGAGAAGAAACCUGAGGAUGAGGCUGAGAUGAAACCUGAGGAUGAGGUUGAGAAGAAGCCUGAGGAUGAAUCUGAGAAGAAACCUGAGGAAGAGGCCGAGAAGAAACCUGAGGAAGAGGCUGAGAUGAAACCUGAGGAUGAGGUGGAAAAGAAACCUGAGGAUGAGAUUAAGAUGAAACCUGAAGACGCAGAGAAGAAACCUGAGGAAGAGGCCGAGCAGAAACCUGAGGAAGAGGCCGAGAAGAAACCGCAAGAAGUACCCGAAAUGAAACCACAAGAAGUACCAGAAGAGAAACCUCAUGAUAUGCCAGAAGAAAAACCCACAGAACCUGCAUCGACAGCCUCUCCUGAAAUAUCGAAACCUGGAUUCGGUGACAUGCAUCCCACAGAUGAGGUUCCAGACGACGAAAGUCCAUUCCCGCCCAGCGCAGGAACCAGCGGAUAUGGCACUGAGCCCGACUACGUGGAGGAAGACCAAGCUUUCGGACCCGGCACGUGUCGCUACGGCGGAAAAGUAUACGUCUCAGCCCAGCAAAUACCUAGAGAUGAUCCUUGCGAUUUCUGCUUCUGCUUCAGAAGCGACAUCAUUUGCUUACAACAGAGCUGCCCACCUCCAAUUCACGGUUGCCACGAAGAACCAAUACAAGGAUUCUGUUGUCCGCGAUACGAAUGUCCUGUGGCUAUGGCUACUACUCUUAAUGUUACGACGACCACGACGACAACUACCACGACAUUGCCGCCACACUUCCUUCCCCACGCAUACAAAGGCGCAGCACAAAGAAGAGGCUGCCAAAUAAAAGGACAUACAUACAAAGUGGGCGAAGUUGUUCGCGCUUCAUCUGGACCAUGUUUACAUUGCACAUGCGGAGGAGACGGUCAAAUGAAAUGCGACCCCAAGGCGUGCACCCCCGAGCCGAUGCUGCGGCAGAUGAUCGCCGCCGCCGUCUCAGCCAAGCGGCGGAGGUGAAAUACCUCGCAGAGCUCGUCACUUUAACUGAACACGUGAUCACAAGGAUAGCGCCUAUGUGAUAAUUAUUUCCAUCUACUCUUCUAUGCACAAGAAUAAUGCUCAAAUUAUCCCGAUGGAGUAGUAUAAGAUUUCGUGUCAUAUGUAGUAAUCGAUAUUAUAUUUUACUUUUCAUAAAGUGUCGUGGCACCGUUCAAUUAAUGAAUCAAUCAUGACUGUGAUUAAAAUGUUAAAUUAUAAAUAAUAAUUUUCUAAAACUGAAUUUAUUACAAUUUUGAGUCUUUGUUAAGACUUAUUUAUUAAUAUUAUUAUUAUUUAUGUUUUUCUUAACAAAAGCCAGUGCCAAACGAUAGUGCUAAGUUGUAAACGACUAUGGCUUUAUGAUAAAGAUGUUCAAAACUUUGUUAUAUUAUGUCAUUCAAAAAAAUUUUGUAUUGA